UCUCCGAUAUCACACACGUGCGUUCACACAUACCGACGCAAAAGCAAGCAAGCACGCGCUCGCGGAGUGAUACGGGCGAUAAACUGAAAAACAAAAACAAAAAAAAUUCUCCACCCUCGACGCUUUCGGGAAGGGAAGUUCCCGACGUCCUGGGGGGGAGGACGUGUUUUUAUUCUUCUGGUGUCUUCAAGUGGUGUCUUCUGGGAUAGUCAGGAUUAUCGUUAAAAGAAAAAAUUAUUUUUCCCCGGCCCGGUGUACGUCGGGAUGUGCGUGGCCAGCGACGGGAGUACCUGAAGACCCCGGACCAUGGUGUGUCGUCGUCGUUGUUCGUCGAGUGCCCUCUGACGCGUGUGCGCCUCAGCGGAGAGCCCCUUUUUCCCUGACGCGUUCACCCACCGGCCUCAUCGUGUAUCCUCACGUAGCUGUGCUGUCAACCGGCGCGACGGACCCCAGGAAGCGGAAGGACGCGGGGGAGGAGUACCUCCUGGGCUCCCCGCUCGCGCGAGCAGGGACGUCCCUGGUGCGGCUGGCGGACAUGCCCCCGCAGGAAGGGGGCGGCGGCGGCGGCGGCGAGGAGGGCGGCUGGGUGCGGCCCUACUACGACCAGCACCCCAUCUCGGCCGCCACCAGCGCCAUGCUCAACAUCGGCGGCGGCGGCGGCGGCGGCGGCGGCGGAGGCGGCGGCGAAGACCAGCCCGGCGCGAUGCCCGGCCUCGAGUGCUACAGGUUCCCCGGACUCGUGCUGGGGGACAAGGACCGCCUCGAGUUCUGGCCGACGACCUCGUCGGCGGGCGGCGGCUCGCUGCUGACGUCGCAGCUCAAGGCCGCCAAUGGCCUAGCGGGCCACGAGCUGCUGUCCCCGCCCCUCGGCGGCCCCGCCUCCCCGGAGCUGCAGGGCCUCCUGCUGCACCACGGCUCGCAGAUCGCGGCGCACCACUACCACCACCCGCAACCCGUGAAGCGCGAGCCCGAGGACCUCAGCCACCACCACCACCGCCAGAAGGGCUCGCCCGACCACGACGGCAUCAUCGUGGCCAAGGGCUCGCAGCGCCACAAGGUGGUGCUGGUGUCCGCCGGCGGCGGCGGGGGCGGAGACCUGGCGGUGGACGUGAAGCAGGAGGAGCUGCGCGCGCUGCACUCGCCGCAGCACGGCAGCCGCUCCGUCAACGGCACGCCGACCUCGUCCACGUCGUCGCUGCUCGCCGACGGCGGCGGCCAACUCGAGGUCAUCUCCGCCGAGGGCCUCAAGGCGGCGGCGGGCGGCGGCUCCAUGUACGGCUCGCAGCUGUACGCGAGCAUGGGCUCCGCGCAGCAGCAGCAGCAGCAACACGGGAGCGGCACGCCGUCCCCGACGCCGUACGGAGACCAGUACGCCGCCGCCGUGUCGCAGGCCUACCUCACGGCCACCUCGUCGUCGUCGUCCGCGUCCCGGACGGCGGCGGCCGCCGCCGCCGCCUUCUCCGACCCGUACUACGCGCGCGAGUACUUCGCCGAGCAGGCGGCGGCGGCGGGCGGCGGCUACGGCUCGCAGGCGCGCCAGCAGCAGCCGCUGUACGCCGACGGCUCCGAGGGCGGCGGCGGCGGCGGCGGAGGCGGCGCCUCCUCCUUCGUGGAGAGGUACGCGGUGCGGCCGGCCGGCUACCACGGCUCCAAGGGCGUCGUGUCGGCCGCCAGCGCCGCCGGACUCACCGUCGACCUGCCGUCGCCCGACAGCGGCAUCGGCACCGAGUCCAUCACGCCGCGCGACCAGACGGCCAUCCAGCAGUCGUUCGAGUACUCGGAGCUGUGCAACGCCGGACCGCUGCUGGACCCGGGGCUGUCGAACCAGAGGACAGGCGGUCCCUCGCCCGGACACCACGCCGCCGCCGGCGGCCGCAGGCCGUGGCACGACUUCGGCCGCCCCAACGACGCCGACAAGAUACAGAUACCCAAGACGUACUCGCAGUACGGCUUCAAGUACCACCUGGAGUCGCCCAUCUCGACGAGCCAGAGGCGGGAGGACGACAGGAUCACCUACAUCAACAAGGGCCAGUUCUAUGGCAUCACCAUGGAGUACGUGCCCGACCCAGACAAGCCGCUCAAGAGCCAGACUGUCAAGAGCAUCGUGAUGCUGAUGUUCCGAGAGGAGAAGAGCCCCGAGGACGAGAUCAAGGCGUGGCAGUUCUGGCACGGCCGCCAGCACAGCGUCAAGCAGAGGAUACUGGACGCAGACACGAAGAACAGCGUGGGUCUGGCGGGCUGCAUCGAGGAGGUUGCGCACAACGCCAUCGCCGUCUACUGGAACCCCAUGGAAAGCUCUGCCAAGAUUAAUGUAGCUGUGCAGUGCCUCAGCACAGACUUCAGUAGUCAGAAGGGCGUCAAGGGUCUCCCCCUCCACCUGCAGAUCGACACCUACGACGACCCCAGGGACGGGCCGGUGUUCCACAGAGGCUACGCCCAGAUCAAGGUGUUCUGCGACAAGGGGGCGGAGCGCAAGACGCGCGACGAGGAGCGCCGGGCGGCCAAGAGGAAGAUGUCUGUGACGGGCAGGAAGAAGAUCGAGGACCUGUACCACCCGGCCGCAGAGCGGUCAGAGUUCUACAGCAUGAGCGACCUGGGCAAGCCGCCGGUGCUCUUCACCCCGGCGGAGGACAUCGACAAGCUCACGUCGAUGGAGCUGCAAGGAUUUUAUGGCCACGAGACAGACAGCUCAACCAUGUCGAAUGGCGAGGCGAGCUCAGGGGCCCACCAGCACGGGCUUGGCAAGCAGCCUUCCCCCUUCCUCCUGCACUCUGGCAAACCGACCAUGCAGACGCUGAAGUUCCACAACCAUUUCCCACCCGACGCGCCCGGGGACAAGAAGGAGUCCCUGCUGGACGGGCCGGCGGGGCUGACCACGGACGGCACCGUGUUCUCGGGCCCGGCGCUCAAGAAGAGCCGGCUGAUGGGCGCGCCGCCGCUCAGCGAGCGCGUCAUGCUGUACGUGCGGCAGGACGGCGAGGACACGUGCACGCCGCUGCACGUGGUGCCGCCCACGGCGCAGGGCCUGCUCAACGCGAUUGAGAAUAAGUACAAAAUUUCUACUUCAAGCAUUAGUAACUUGUAUCGAAAAAACAAAAAAGGGAUUAUAGCCAAAAUUGAUGACGACAUGCUCAAAUAUUACUGCAACGAAGACGUAUUUGUUAUGGAAAUCAAACAAGCGGAUAGCGACGAUCUCUUCGAGAUCACAUUAGUGGAGACGAUAGACUGAAGAGAGUGAGGUGUUUCUUCCAAAACGGAAAUGUGCCACAUAUAAUUUUUUUUUUUUUUUUUUCAUGAAUUGGUCCCGUUGUCGGUUCCAAAGUCUUUCAUCGAAACAACUCGAAUAAAGCAUUUCAAGCAUGGCGAGUUUUUGUACAUGUUACAAGCGUUACGACAUAUUUAACACAGGAUUUGGAAGUGUUGUAAAGAUUUUUUUUUAUUCAAGUAUAUUAAUAGGCUGCUUAUAGAUUCAUUGUAUUGGCUGCAUAUUAUAUUUAUUUUUGUAUGACGAGACUUGUAGCACACGAGCUCAGGGGGCUGUCUGUUCAUUCAAGAUGCUUACCUGCGUGUGUGCCAAGAGUUGUAGUUAAAGAGAGUCUCUUCUGCACACUCGCGAAUGUACGUGUGUGAUCCCAGACGGGCUUGGUGUGCCAUUUUGAAGGAAUGUUUAACCCUUGGUUUUCGUCGGAGCUCAUCUGGAAAGUGGGCUCUGAGCAGCUGCAGCGAGGAUUGGUGACGCAGGUGGACUGCUUCGCAGCUCUGCGUGAAACGAGCUUCUCGGGUUGUAAGUCGGCCCGCGUGUUGGUACCCAGUUUGUAUGUUAUUAUAUCUUUUUUUUUAUAAUUAUAAUAUUGUUUUGUUUGCAAGUUUUUAAAAGAGACAAUUAUGCCGAUAUUGUUGAUCUCAAAGUGUCCAAAUAAAUCGACGAAAAAGACACAGAAGACAUAAUUAUCUUCGACAGCCUGGAAGAGUAAUGUCCAGACAAUCACAAUGUCAUAAUCAUACCUGUAAAGAAGUGACUUCUUGCUCCAGCACUGUUGAAUAAAAUUCAGUGCUCGUAACAUCACAACAACUUGUGAGUUGGAACUGCUUUUUUUUUUAUUUCAGUGACAUUAUUUCAUAUUUUAUGUACGUAGUGUUUCUGUUCAUCAGCAGAGUUUAAUAGCUAUGUUUUAGCACAUUCAUUUUGAUAAUAAUAUUUUAUAAAGUUAGCUUGACAAAAAAAAAUAUUGAAGUUUUAUAAUGAUAGACUUUAAUGAAUAUACACAAUACUGUAUUUAUCUCUAACAAAGGCUACUGUGAUAGAGUGGAAUUUUAAAGAGUAGUUGACAUAAUCUUCACAUGCGUGUUUUGAUAAGUGCAAAAUGUUGUGAUAAACAAUGUAGGUAUAAUAACUGUGUAGCCAUAAUUAUCAAAAUCAAAUUAAAUAUUUGUCUUGUGUGAAAAAUUAGGUAUGAAUACUAUUGCUGAAUCUAUGUCAGCUGCAAAUGAUGUUUCAAAAUAUGUGUAGAACACCAUGCGUGUGCCUGAUAUGUCUGUAUUAUCCAUCCUCAGUAAAUAAAAAAGUCCCGUCUUAUCGCAUGACAAACAAGCGUUCUUAUAUAAUGCAGUUGGUCAGAGAAAAAAAUUAAUGUUAUUGUUAGAGUAGUUAAGUUUUUGUUAAUAAUAUUAAGUUUUUAAACUAACAGAAACAUACGUAAAUCCUCUCUUUCUCUCUCUGCUGCUUUAGCCUUUGCGACUAAAUUGUGUUACAGUGUGUGCAUGUAAAAAAAAAUCAAAGUUGUUAUUCUCGUGGCCAUGUUUAUAAUGUGUAUCGUUAACUUGUUAACAGUUAUUUGCAAUCACUAUGUGCCUUUAAGACAUUUCAGUUUUGCUACAAUUUUUGUUGUGUGUGUUAAACUUACAUUAGAAAAGAAUAUAGGAUGCUGUGGAAAUUUCUCCAUGGAAAAAAAAAAAAAAUUGAUUUUAACCCUUAUUAAAAUAUUUUCAUAAGACAGUGAGAAAUCCAAAAAUUUAUAGACAAAAAAGUAUUAGUUUAAUAUGUAAACCUCUAACUGUAUAAAAUUUGAUGUAGUGCAUAGUAUAAAAUGUCAAAAUUACCUAUAUCUGGAAGAAACGUGUCAAUGAGAGUGAUUACAAAUCUUAUGAACAUUAGGUAUCUCAAGUUAUUUAUUUAAGAAAUAAAUGCAUUCACAAGGCAUUGUACUUAGUCAAUAUGUAUUUUCUAUCUUGGAGCUUUGUACAAUAUUCUAAUUAAAUUAUUGUAAAAAAAAUUGUGAGCUGUAAUUAAAACAACUAAAAAUAUGCAACAUGUUUUAAAUACAAUUUUUUUUUGCAUAUAAACUUUUAACAGUUAUAUAUAAGUUCAGAAUUGAAUAAAAACCCACAUCAGUUCUUUGCAUCUGUAGUGACUCAAAUUUACCAUGCUAGACUGGUCUCUCUAUUGAUUUGUGUCACAUCGAAGUGUAGUUUAUAUUAAUUUAUGCAACGGUAGUUAAAAAGCACAAAUGAUAUUGCCAGUCUUAGCCAUAAUCAAACAAACAUGCAAAUUACAACCGUGUGCUUUGGGAUGAACUAUUAUGAAAUGUAAAUUCAAAAAGAAGAAAGUUGAAAACUGUAACAUUUUCAGCAAAAUAUGUCUUUUAUGAAAAUUGUUUGAUUCUGUAAAAAAAAAAAAGUGAAGCUUUUCUAUAAAAUUGUGUGAAAUUUCUGUAAAUAUGUGUAUCUUUAUAAUUGCUGCUUUUGAUAUGUUUUAAUGUAACAUAAAACAGAGUUCUUUUAAAAUGUCAUCAUAUUGAGACAAAGUCAGAUAUGUGCUUUGCACAAAAAAAGUGUGUGUAUAUGUGAGUGCAUGUGAAAUAUUGGUCUAUUUCUGAAGCUGCCAAGCAGUCAUGUGUCAUACAAAGGCAAUACUUUCAUUUUUUUUUUAUCACUGCAAAUGUAACUGCAAAAUGUGACUAAAAUUAAUAAACAUUUUUCAAAAUGAAAAUGAGUGGACUUUAAACCCUUUAUAUGCCUACACCUUAUGACAUGAAUAAAGUUAGUAUGGCACUACUGUAACAAGUUGUGUUUAUAGGAACUGCAACGUGGUAAAAAAUAUGUAUAUAAAAAAAAAUUCUAUUCAUUAUGAUGGCAUGGAAUUUAACUGUUGUGACUUAUAUUUCCUAGCCAAUCAUAGACAACACAUCUGUGACAUAGUACUAAAAAAUUCUCAGGCACGGCAGAUUUAUUUACAGAGUGCUCACAUUCUGGAAUGUCAGAGCAAAGUCAGGGAAGUGAAAAUUUGUAAGGGAAUGACAGAGAAUUUACUUUGAAUCUUGGAAAAGUCUGGGAAAUUUUCCAGUUAUAGUAAUUUGAGGGGAAAAUUGCAUGCACCAUAAAAGAAUUAUUACUAGAUAGAUUUCAAAGAAAUACUACUUAUUGUAGCCGUUACCAUGGUGCGACUUCCGGAAAAUUUUUAUAUAGUUUUUCAUUUCAUGGUUUAUAGACCCCAAAACCAUUGUCAACUUAAUUGUUUAUACAUAUAUAAAAUACAUUUUUAUAGGCACAAUUACUGCUAUAAUUUUUCACUAAUCACUUCCAAACUAAUACAUAAAAUAUAGUAAUGGAAAAUUUCACUCAAUUUCAUUAAUGAGCAACAUCCGACCAAAGAGGUAGAAAUGGGACGAUUUUUUUUUAAAAAACAUAAAAAUCACUGUAACUCCUAUGAUAUAGGAAGUAUUACAUCCGUUUGAAGUAUUAUAACUCAUAGGAGUAAUACCAAAAACUUUUGUCUAGUUAAAUUUUUGAUGGAUUAGAAAAAAAAAGGUUGGAGGACAAAAAAAAUCAUAACUCCCUUCGUAGGCACACCAUCGAAUCAGUCCAAAUUGUUUUGACGCCACUCCCGCUGCCUGUCUAAGUUUUUUAAGUAGUUAUUAAUUUGAAAAGUGAUCUCAGGGAUUUUAACGUGGGUUCGGCCUCGUGGCUGCAGGCAAGAGCGUGUCGUAGUUCGAAACCUACCUGGGCUGUUCAGGCCACCCAGGACGCCUUAUGAAUAAAUAAUAAACUGGUUGACACGACACUGCACAUUAUUGAGAACCGUUACACACACUGGUCCAAGUACUGACCGCGUCUGUUGUCUGACCGUCGCGGCACGCGAGUCUCUAUGCGUAGAUGAUGCGCGCGGCCAGGAUAGAUUGUAAAGUGGUAUGUGCGGACUUAUAUAUUGGCCGAUUAUCAACGUGAAAGACGCGGCGGAUAGUCGCGGAGUUGCAGUGCUGCAACAGCUUAUGCAGAGAUUGACGUGAUUAUGUCAGACAGCACAUACGAAUUAAUGUUCUAAAGUUAGUUGCAAUCUAACCUGCUGCAAAACAUAAAAGUCCCGAAUAGUCCGUAGGUCCGGUUAGAUACAAACAUACAAGUUACAGUCACUUAUUAAACAGUUAUGACGUGGUUAGACUACACGUAGAAGUUACACAUUUAAAUAAGAUGAAAGUUAGAUACGUAGAUUAACGAAUUAGAACUCGACACACGAGGCUGGCUAGGAGCCUUUGACGAGAAUGAUUACUUGGCUUCGAAGCCUAAAAACUGUGUAAAACUCAUUUGCGCUGUCCUUAAACUCUGGACAGGAAAAUUACAUAAAGAGUUGAAAAUCUCCCUGUUGGGAAUAAAUGAUUAAGUAACGAGUCGCACGAAAUGACGUGCGACUGAGUGGGGUCGGCGCAGAGCUGGUAAAAGGAUUUGAAGAACUUACACUAUUGCUGAGACUUGUAUGAGGCGCGAAAUCUGAAGGCUCUGCGUGCGCGGAGCGACCGACCCCUGCGAGUCCCCGACGGCAACUCAGCGCGAGGGCGCCCUGCCACCUCGCGCCUGGACACGUGAAGCGCGGGAAAACAGCUCCGACCAGUUUUGGACUUAAAAGACAUAUUUCACAAUAUAUGAUUAUUGAACAGUUGGACAUAAUUUCCCUUGAAUUAAUUAUCUUUUAAAUUGUUAUUAAAUUGGUUGUUUUUGAUUUGAAAGAAUAAUUAAUGAUAUAGUUUAGCGCAUUGCCACACCCGGCCGGGUGCUGUAAUCGACUUGGUGUUCGUCGCGGUGCACUUACACUCACUCGGCGGACAUCACGCUCGGACGUGUUCGAUGCACUUAAGAGUAAGUGUUGUUGUGACAUAACGGCCUGUGCGAACCAGAGGGAGCACCGGCAGUCGGCGUCAGUUUAUUAACCUUACAAUUAUUAUCUAAAAUUUUUAUUUAAAAAAAAAUUGUUCUCAAGAUGAACCUUUGAUCAAGGGGUUGAAAAAAAAAAGGGUAGAAUCAAACAAAAAAAUUCAUAUCUCCCUUAGUAGGCACACUAUCAAAUCCGCUCAAUUAGUUUUAAAUUAUUAUAAAUAUUAUCUGAAAAUUUUGUCUGAAACAAUUUUUGAUAAUACAAGCCAUAAUUACAAGGGAUUGAAAAUCAUGGUGUUGAAAAAAGAAAUAAAUAAAACUUCCCUAUCAUGUACAUUAUCGAAUCCAUUGUUAUGUUUUUAACUUUUUAAAUAUUGUCUAAAACUUUUGACUGAAGUAAAUUUUUUGUAACAAACCUCUACUGUAAGGGGUGGAACUAACAAGGGUUG